AUGACCAUACUCACAACCACUACAACGACUACUAUAUUCACAUUUUAUUCUAUCAUCAGAGUGAAAUAUAUCAAAGCUCUGAUAUUCAAUCAGAUAAGUGUGAUAUCAAAUCGAUUGAAUAAAGAUGAUAGUCGACGACAACGACGAUCAUUGAUUGGAAGAGAUAUCAUCAAAUUACCUCAUCUUGAAAUGAUUACAAUCUAUGCAAUGCCUUGGAGCUUUAUUUGUCAUUAUCUACCUGAUGAUUGCAAUACAAUACUAUUGGAAAGAAGAAGAUUGGUGAUUAGUCAAUACUGCUGUCAUCAAAAUGCAACAUUGGAUACACUCGUACAUCUAUUGGAAUGGUCGACCGCAGAUGUUGGAUUUGAUUGGAAUUAUUUAAAAGAAAAUAGCAAGAAUAUAUUCAAUCAAGAGAUAUUAGAGUAUCUCAUCGACAGAUGCCCAGAUGAAGAAAAAGAGAAGAAUAACUUUCUCAUCGAAGCAAUGAGAGUUGCUUGCACAUAUGGUCACCUGUCGACUGUAAAGUUGAUAGACUCAAUAAAAGGUGUAGAACAUCAUAACAUAAUGGACAUUGCUAGUAGUAAUGGAUUCAUUGAUAUUGUAAAGUAUUUACACGGGAAUAAUAGUAUAACUAAAGGUUGUAGUAAAGAUGCAAUGGAUAAAGCUUCAUAUAAUAAUCAUUUAGAGGUUGUAAAGUUUCUUCAUUUCAAUCGUAGUGAAGGUGCAACAACCAAGGCUAUGGAUAUGGCGGCUGGAAAAGGUCACAUUGAUGUUGUACAGUACCUUUCUGAGCAUCGUAGUGAAGGUGCAACAAACAUGGCAAUUGAUUUGGCAGCUGUGUUUGGUCACACUGAAAUUGUAAAUUCACGAUGUGCUAAAUUAGUUUGUUUAAAAAAAGACAACCUUUAUCCAUCCUUCAGAGGGUAUAUUUGUAGAAGUGGGAAUGGAAUGAGAAACACAAUGCAAUCUGGAACCGCCAAUGAUACCAAAGAUAUGGAAACAAACAAUAGUGUUGUCAUUAAUUAUGCAAGUAUACCAUAA